CACACACACACACACACACACACACACACACACACAGAGAGAGAGAGAGAGAGAGAGAGAGAGAGAGAGAGAGAGAGAGAGAGAGAGAGAGUUUGCGUUCGGCAAUCAUGAAGACAGCGAUGGUCUGUGUGCUUGUUGUGGCCAUGGGCGCGUUUGUCCUUGCUUCGUCUGUUGGUUGUGGAGCGUCGGAGUUCGAAUUCGAGCCUGUGUUCACCGGGGGCAAUCUACCGAACGCUGUCGGCGGCCUGCAGAGAUCAUUUGUCCCCGGUGCAGCGAAGCUGGUCUUGAAGGAGGACGUUGCUGAUGACAGUCCCUGCGAGGCGGAGUGCAAAGUCGAAGCGUUCAUGUGCAAGGCGCGCGCUCUUUACGCGAAGGGAACCGCUAUCAACCCGAGUGCAGCGCAAGUGCAAGUCUGGGAACAGGAGAUCAAUAAAUGUAGCCAAGCCUUGGAAGGGUGCCAUAUGGGUUGCUCGCGCUUCUGAAAUUAAUUAGACUAACCCAUCAUCAUCAUCAUCAUCAUCAUCAUUACCAUCAUCAGGAUGUCGCUAAUCGUCCGAAGUCUGCCAUAUGGGUUGCUCGCGCUUAUAAAAUUAAUUAGAGUAACCUCAUCAUCACCAUGAUCAUGAUGAUCAUCAUGAUAUGCGUGCGAGAAAUGUCGACCGAUGAUUGAUUGGAAAAGAGCGAUCUACAAGAUCGGUCGGGAUCCAGACGAGGCGCAGGAGAUGGGAUGGUCGGUCUGUUUAUCGGACUAAGUAAAGGAUCUGCCUGCGAUUAUAAUAGAGGAAGCGGCGCAGAUCUUCGCUCUGUUUUUUUGUGUUUUUUUUGUUGUUGUUGUUGACGAGCUGUCUUGUCGUACUCCUCUUCUGGACGGGUGAUUAAAAUCCUGUCUCAGACUGUCUCUCUUGAACAGACACGUGGCUAUCGCAUUUGCCUGUUGUUGGACACUGUGGCGCGCAGUUCGUUUUCUUAACGAUCACCUUUUUUUUCUCUUUUCUCUUUUUUUUUCUCUUUCUCUUUUUUUCCUCUUUUUUCUCUUUUAUUAUUGUCAAAUUUAUGCGGAUGUCCGGAAGAUUUGUGUCGAUUGAUCGACAUGGGUCGGGAUCGUGGUCACGACGGCGUGACGACUGGGGCAUGUACCUGGCCAUUUAUGCGGUCAGAUGCAAGGAAUAAAGUUCCAGGCCGGCG